UGUCAGUUGUCCGUGCGGCCGGGGGGCGGAAGAAGCCGAGAGAAGGAGGGAGUAUUACACUGACUGCAGGAUACAGCGCUGCUAGUUAUAGUAUACGGUACUCCUAGUUAAACAUCUUGCAUCUCUGCUCAUUAUCCUAGUGGACAUUGAGCUGCUCCCAGUGAUUUGGAGGUUUCCCUACAAGUCUGGGUGUGAUAGAGAAUGGGCGUGAAAAGCCAGUAGGAGCAAAGAUGCAGAAAACGCCGAUCAUUCUUGCCAAGCCCCCGGCAGAGCGGGGCAAUAAAGCGACCCCCACCCCUGCGGCCCCCGCUGGCAACCCCACCGAGAAGCCCAUCGUGCUGAUGAAGGCCCGGGACGAGGGUAAACCCCCGGCCACGGGCGAUGGGGCAUCGCAGGCGCCGGCUGCCUCGGGCAAGACCGAGAAGGAGUUCCAGCGGCCCACACAGCCCGUCUACCAGAUCCAGAACCGGGGCAUGGCACCCUCUGCGCCCAGCAGUAACGUGGACCCUGUGAUCGGCCAGGCCAAGCUGCACCCGCCCGAGAGGAUGAAACACGCCAUUAAACUGGUGGACGAUCAGAUGAAUUGGUGCGAUAGUGCCAUGGAGUACUUGCUGGACCAGACUGAUGUUCUCGUGAUCGGAAUUAUCGGGCUACAAGGAACUGGCAAAUCCACCAUAAUGUCGUUGCUUUCCUCAAAUACUCCAGAGGAGGACCAGAGGUCAUACGUGUUCAGAGCCCAGACUCAGGAAAUCAAAGAGCGUGGUGGAAACCAAACCAAUGGCAUUGACUUCUUCAUCACCCAGGAGCGAAUCAUCUUUCUGGACACUCAGCCUAUCUUGAGUCCUGCUGUGCUCGAUCACCUGAUCAACAAUGACCGGAAGCUUCCGCCAGAAUACAGUCUUCCGCACACCUAUGUGGAGAUGCAGUCUCUCCAGAUGGCGGCUUUCCUGUUCACUGUGUGCCACGCUGUCCUCCUGGUCCAGGACUGGUUCACCGACCUCAACCUGUACAGGUUUCUCCAGACAGCCGAAAUGCUGAAGCCCUCGACUCCCUCGCCCAGUCACGAGUCGAGCGGUGGUCCAGGGUCUGAGGAAGGCACGGAAUACUACCCCAACGUCGUUUUCCUGCAGAAUAAAGCCCGGCGGGAGGAUUUCUGCCCUCCAAACCUCAAGAAGAUGCACACGGUCAUCGACAAGCUCAUGCUGCACUCGCACCUCAAGUACAAAGGUACGCUGUCAAUGUUGGACUGCAACAUCUUUCCUGGUUUGAGCAAUGACUUCCUCGAGUCAGAGGUCAACUUGUUUCUCCUUCCUGUGAUGGAGAGUGAGGUCGAGGAAAACCUAGUCAGGGCCGGGGCCGGAGGGAUGUCCCUGUUCCCACUGCUCCCGGGUUACAAAGGUCACCCCAGCUUCCAGUCGCUGGUCAGCAAGCUGAGGAGCCAAAUCCUGUCCAUGUCCCGGCCUCAGCUCUCGCACACCAUCCUCACCGAGAAAAACUGGUUCCACUAUGCCGCCCGGAUCUGGGAUGGAGUGAAGAAGUCCUCGGCUCUCUCGGAAUACAGCCGCCUGUUGUCCUAGUCCCCGCUUCCCCAGGCGCUGGCAGCCAUUUCGCUGGGAUUGGGGGUGAGGGGGGGUGCAGGGAGGAGGCGGCCGAGUCUGCGGGAAGGACGGGAAGCAGCCGAGUCUGAAGAGCCCCCCUCCCUCCCUCCCUCCCUUCCGACCGGGGACCCCGCUGUGUGAGAUCCCGCCGGAAUGGCGCAGCCGCCCCCCCCCGACCGUCGCCAGCGCCCGCUCUGUGCUGUUCCCGGUUUUCCCGUCCUCUGCGGGCUCUGGUCCAGUCCCGUUUGGGAAGUGGGUUUUUUCCCCGGAGCUGGGCUGCCUCUGACCCUCGGACUGACCGCUGCCUGGCCCUCGGACGUUGGGGGCUGGUGGGGGGUUGGGGGGACGACGAGUUGCCUCUGGGCCCCGUUCCCAGUCCCGGCCCAGUUGCUCGGCACGUGGCGCUGCUCGGGGUGGGCUGUGGUAGCGGGCCUUGCCGAUGUGCUCGGUGCUUUGGAAUGUGCAACUCGGGGAGCCUUUGGAAACCCUGGUUCGGGCCUGCGCUGAUGUUCCAGGAUCUCGGCGAUUGUGACCAGUCCAAGGCUUUGAGCACUCACACCUCAAAAAAUGCAAACAAGCCCCCCUCCACUUUCAACCUGGAGCACUUUGUGUUACGAAGCCCCCCCACACCACCACCCCCAACAACCCACCCUUCGCCCUCUCUCAGCUAAAAAUCCCACCGCUCGCUGCGCAAACACCUCUGACCUGACCCUCACCGUUCUUGAGGGCGCUCGGAGAGUCAGGGGUUGGGGCGGCAAAGAGGCAAAGAAGAAAUACUCUUUGUGGAAUAGGGCAGAAGCCAUUCAGCCCCUCUUCGGCUGCUCCUCAUCCAGAUCUUAGCCCCUUGGUUCCGUAACCCUUAACCCCUGACCCAACGCAAACUUAUCAAUCUCCGUUUUGAGGAUUCCAAUUGAGCUUGGAGCUAUUUUUGGCCGUUGUAGGUGGGGGGGGGGUGUUGCUGGUGUUGCUGGUUGGGAGAGGACAGUGGGUGUGGGGGGGAGAGAGAAGUCCAGAUUCCCUCUUCCCUCUGUGUGAGGAAGUGCUUCCUGACAUCACCCCCUGAAUGGCCCAGCUCCAAUUUUAAGGUUCUGACCGCCCCCCCCACCCCACCUUGUCCUAGACUCGUCUCUCCUCCUCCCCCAAGCAGGGGAAAUAGUUUCUCUCUAUCACCCCUAUAAUCCUCUCAGAGGGGAGAGGGGAGAGUGGGGAAAGGAGCUGAGAUCCAGACAGAGCAAAGCCCACCGCCUCCAACCAAGACCCUGUCUUUGCUGGCUUCCACUAUAUUGAUGGAGCAUUUUUAACCCAUGACCAACUAUUUAUCUAGAAACUCUUUGGGCAGGUCCACAAACUGCUGCAGCUGGGGUGUUGGUGUGUUUCAUGCCCCAUCGAAUUUAAGCUGUGGGUUGUUCUGAAGGGGUGAAAAUGUUUUUUUGUCGUCUGUUUACAGGGGCGAGAGCUCUCCUGAUUUCUGACAAUGUGAGCAACGGACAUCAUUAAAGUUGUCAUUUUGUGUUGA